AUGUUUUGGAGUGCCAAUUAUAUGAAUACACGGGAGCUGAACUUUCUUCUCAAAGAGGAGAAUGUAACGUUGACACAAAUUUUGGAAGCAGACGAUAUUCUGCAGGAAUGUAAAGCUGAUAACAAAGACUUAAUUCGUUUUCUAACAAGACCAGAAAUAUUAGCUGAGCUUGUUACUUUCAUAACUGAAGAGCCACCUAAGGAUGUAGAGUUGACAUCACAGUAUCGCUAUGCCAAUAUUGCCUGCGAGGUUUUGACUAGUCAAUUGUCCAGCCUGAGCCACCGUCUUUGUAUGGAUGAAGUUCAGAUGAACAGGCUGUGUGAUUUUGUUAGCCGUGACCCACCAUUAAAUCCAUUACUGGCAUCUUACUUUAGUAGAACUGUUGAAAUGCUAUUUAUUAGAAGUCCUAAACAGGAUUGUUAUUUACAUCAUAUAGUCAGUUUGCGGGCAUUAGAUGUUUUUAAGAGUCGCAAAGACUUUUUGCCAAACCUAUUAAAACACAUAUCAACAUCGGCCAUAGCAGAUACUUUCAAAUAUUUUAUAUUUUGUCUAGAAGACCCAUUCAACAAAAUAUUCAUGGAGUGGCUUGAUGAAAAUCAAUUUUUGGAAAAUGUAAUGAGGAUAAUAUAUUGCAAUUACGAACCAGAACAGAUAGAACCAGUACAUACUCCAAGAGUAACUGAAAAUCAAACUGAUGUAGAGAAAGGCCUCAAUGAGGAAAGUGAGAAGAUAGUGACAAACCACAAGGAUUGUAAUAGCCAUAAAGAUUCUGACACUUGUGACCAUGGAGAAAAUAGUAAUCGCAUCCGAGCAGUGGCCUCAGCGAAUGCCAGUGAGUUGGCAUGUGAAAUUGUGUUUUGGGCUGGUGAACCGUGGCCAGCUAAAACCUGGUGUGCCGGUGAACUGGCUAAUCGCAUGCGGUCCGACCUUCUUGUACGCACACUUCUUCAAGGCUGCUUCACGAGUCCACCACAUUUGCGAGACUUCGCUCUGGUCAACGGCUGCAGACUUCUCCGUGCGUUGUCUCGUCCCAAUAGUGGCGAGGAGAGUGGUAAGUUAAAAAGCCAAAGGCGGGAAGUGGAGGUUGCAGUAGCGCCACACCUGCCGCUGCUUCACAAUGCUCUACUGCAAGACCCUCAGUCUCCGGCACCGCAUAACAACAGACGUGUGGGUGCGGCACGAAUCCGUAUAGCAGCGCUGAUAGCGGAAUUAGCGCUCUCCGACGUGGAAGACGUCCACACCGCCAUUCGCAGCUUGGGAACUGCGUCCGUGCUACUGGACAUGUUUUUCUCUUUCCCCGAAAACAAUUUCCUGCACACGCAAUUUCAUCUUCUGAUCGUUAAUAUUUCCAAGAAUGAGACACACGCGCAUCAUUAUUGGGAACAGCUGAUACGGGAGUGCGAUCUGCUAACGAAGCUAAUGGACACAUUUGAAUUGAAUGAGGACAAAAAUAGAGUUACACCGCGAGCUGGAUUAAUGGGCCACGUGGUGUGCAUUUGUCGAGCCCUGAGCGAGGGGGAGGCAGCCAGCCACGCUCCAGCCGACGUCGCUCGCCGCUGGGAAGAGUUCCUUGAGUCGCGACUUCAGCCACUACUUUUCAGACUGGAUGCACCAUUGGGGGGCGAGUAUCCUUCAGAGGUGAAGUACGAGACUGGCAAUACUGAGAAUGUUUGUGCGGAUACUUUUGAGCUACAAAACUUAACGCAGGUCGAGACAGAUCGAUAUGAUGAUGACAUGUGGGAAGACAGCCCCAGCGAUGUCCUCGACAUGGACGAGGCGGUGCAUCUAUCAUUAUCUGAGCAGGUUUCACCGUGGGAGCAGCCUUCUGAAUGGGGCGGAGGCGAAGCGAGUUCAAGGGAGGCGGAGAGUACGACAGAGGGGGAGGGGUGGGCUCAGUUCGGCAGUGAAAAUAAUUUCCCACCGAUUGAUCCCUUCGCUGUAAACACGCCAACGCCUUGGACAAGUAACGAGAGCAACGAGGACAAGGAUAUCGACCAGCUGGAGUCGCAGGUGCGCAAUAUAAACGCCAAAUUCGGCGACGUAGUAGAGUUGACGUACAAUCUGUUGUCGGCCAUGAGCAACCUGGCGCCGCACGAUCUGGCUUCGAUCGUCAGCGACAACGCCUUGAAUGAUCCUCCUCCCGCGUUCGACUCCGCGCCCGUACCCGUCCCCGUACCCGCAACCGACCCUUUCGGAAGUCCCGUGGACUUUAAUUGUGCGCCCAGUGAAUGUACUAAUAGUGAAGUUGACACUAAGCCGUCCCCUCCCGACACUCAUGCCGUCCAUGAUGUGAGCAGUUCGAGCGAUCUCAAUCAAACUGACGCUUCAGCGCCCGACGCAAAGAAUCCACUUAUAGAAGACGUCGACACCGAACCCAAGAAACUCAUCGAACCAGUCGUUGACACUAGCGUAACUCCUAGUACUGUACUUAAUGAGAGCACUGAAUCGCGUCCUGUUGCGGAAGCAGAGGUGCCCAGCACCGCUGACGGUGAUGGCGAUGUUAGUGAUACGCACGCAGCCGAGAGGUGA